UAUUUUUUUUUUUUUUUUUUUUACCCACAUAUGCACAGGGGUAACAACAUUUUGUUUACUUGCUUUUAGUUUGCAUACUGUCAUGUACUUUAGCUAUGGUUAUUUAAAUAGGUUCACAUUUUAAGCAGCCAUAACUGAGGCUUUUCUUUUACUCCACACACUUUUAUGUCAUUUAUAACUGAAUAAGUGCGUGUUAACGGUGAAUGUGUCUUUGCUGCAGCUGCUUCGACGCUCUACCGUCCCGGGAAACUCUGAGAAGCAGCCGCAGCGUUUAAUGAGCUCCAUUCAUCUGGACCAGCAUGACAGGAGAUUUUUCCCUCUUGUUGUAGAUUGACGUAACAACAUGGCAAUGAAAGGAUGCGUUUUCGAACGCUUUGUGAAAGUCUCAAUGCUUGUAUAGUCACCAGGGGGCAUGCACACGUCAGUGCAGCGCGAGGAAACAUUGUAACAUUCCAACAUUCCAAACCGCGUUACAUUGUUACAUCGGAUCGGAGAAAAGCGUUUGAAUGGAACUCGAUGUCCAGCGGUACUAGGAGCAGCUCGUCUCGCAGUCUGUAUUGCGGGAGGGUUCCUGCCCCCCCCCUCCAUCUCUCCGGCUGUUGUUGUGAAUUGAUCUAACAUGGCGACUGUACCCGUGUAUUGCAUCUGCAGAUUACCGUACGACGUAACCCAGUUUAUGAUCGAAUGCGACGCCUGCAAAGACUGGUUUCACGGCAGCUGUGUGGGAGUGGAUGAAGAUGAAGCACCAGACAUUGACAUCUAUCACUGUCCAAACUGUGAAAAGACCCACGGCAAAUCCACCUUGAAAAAGAAAAAGAGCUGGAAUAAGCAUGACACGGGGCAAAGUGGAGAUGUCAAACCAGUUCAGAACGGCAGUCAGGUGUUCAUCAAAGAGCUACGCAGCAGGACAUUUCCAAGUUCAGAAGAUGUUGUGAUCAAGCUGUCCGGGAGUCAGCUGACUUUGGAUUACCUGGAGGAGAAUGGAUUCAAUGAGCCCAUUCUGAUUCAGAAGAAAGAUGGUCUGGGGAUGGCCAUGCCUGCACCCACGUUCUACAUCAGUGAUGUGGAAAACUAUGUUGGGCCCGAUGUUGUUGUAGAUGUUGUCGAUGUAACCAAACAGACCGACAGCCAGAUGAAGUUAAAAGAAUUUGUCGAUUAUUACUACAGCACAAACAGAAAGAAAGUAUUAAAUGUGAUCAACCUGGAGUUUUCAGACACAAGAAUGGCCAGUAUUGUGGAGAGUCCGCAAAUAGUUCGUAAGUUAUCUUGGGUGGAAAACUACUGGCCUGAUGACGCAUUGUUGGGAAAGCCCAAAGUGUCCAAAUACUGUCUUAUCUGUGUAAAAGACAGCUACACAGACUUCCAUAUCGAGUGCGGCGGUGCCUCUGUAUGGUAUCACGUACUUAAGGGAGAGAAAAUAUUCUUCCUGAUCAAGCCCACCUCUGCCAACCUGUCUCUGUACGAGCGCUGGAGGUCCUCCUCCAAUAACAGCGAGAUGUUCUUCGCCGACCAGGUGGACAAGUGUUACAAGUGCUCGCUGAAACAAGGGCAAACUCUCUUUAUUCCAUCAGGAUGGAUUAAUGCAAUACUGACUCCUGUAGACUGCUUAGCCUUCUCUGGGCAUUUUGUCCACAGUCUGAGCGUAGAGAUGCAAAUGAGAGCAUAUGAGGUGGAAAAAAGACUGAAGGUUGCCAGUCUCACUCCGUUUCCAAACUUUGAAACAGCAUGUUGGUAUGUGGGGAAAUACUACUUGGAGCGGUUUAAAGGUUUACAUAAGGCAAACAAACAGCCACCUCCCUACUUGAUACAUGGUGCCAAAAUUGUCAAUGGAGCAUUCAGAUCAUGGACAAAAAAACAGGCACUUUUAGAACAUGAGGAUGAGCUCCCAGAAAACAUGAAGCCAGCACAGCUCAUUAAAGACCUUGCCAAAGAGAUUCGGAUUUCAGAGAAUGCAACAAAAGCCAUAAAGAGUGAGCCCAGCAACUCCAAGCCCCCAGCAGAAGAACCCCCAUCGGCUCUAUCAGACUCUGAAGAGCCCAUGUCCCCUGCCCACAUCUCCAGUCCCCAGCCAGCCAGGAAGAAAGCCACAAGGCCACCAAAACCUCCCAAACCACCCAAAAUGCCCAAGGCGCCCAAGCCACCAAAAGUACCCAAAAUAAAAGAGGGUGGCAAGAAGAAAGGAAAGAAAGCAAAAGAAGGCAUUUUACCUGAGAAAAAGCCCUCAAGUCUGGCAGCUCUUGAAUCCCAUGCGAAGGACAUCCUGAGCAAGAUGGAUCAACCCAAAAAAGUGGCAAAGACUGGGUUUAGUAUUUUGGAAAAAGAAACAAAUAAACCAAACGACGUGGAGAAGUUUGAGAUGAUUCGAGAACACAAUAAGAACAAGACAGAGGCAAAAUGGAAAUAUAAGAACAGCAAACCUGAUUCGUUAUUAAAAAUGGAAGAAGAGCACAAAUUUGACAAAACCCCUCUCAGCUAUAAAGACAAUAAAUUUGCCUUUUCAAUGUCGAAUAAGAAGUUGUUGGGAUCAAAGACACUCAAGCCCCAGACCAACUCCAGUGUUUUUGGUUCAAUACAAAACAUUAAGGAAGAAAAGCCCAAGCCUGUGAAAGACGAGUACGAGUAUGUUUCAGAUGAAGGGGAGCUUAAGAUUGAUGAAUUCCCAAUCCGGAGAAAAAAGAAUGCAGUCAAAAGAGAGUUUUCCUUUUUAUCAAACAUCAAAGAGCCCAUUCAGCCAUCAAAAAAGCCAAAGUUACAAUCGUCGGUCAUAAAGAGUCCUGAUUCGUCCGAUGAAGAAUCGCUCCACAUAGACACGGAGGCCAAGACAGAGGUCAAAGGUCGUAAUUCCAAGGUCUCUAAGAAGAAAGGGGGCAGUUCAGCUGGCAUUCUCGACCUACUACAGGCCAGCAAACAAGUGGGCGGCAUUGACUACAGUAACAACAGUCAGCCACCUGCAUCCCCCAGUACACAGGAGGCCAUCCAGGGCAUGUUGUCCAUGGCUAACCUGCAGUCGUCAGACUCGUGUUUGCAACCCACCUGGAGCAACAGCCAGGCUAAGAACAACUCCCAUAGCAGUGCGGCCAACAAAAAGCUGAGUGGCGCAGCUGGAGGAGGCGGCAACAGCAAACGACCGGCCAAACGUUUGCCCAAGAAGACACAAAAGAGCAGCAGUUUGGACAGUUCCGACAUGUUCGAUGAUGACCAGGACCACUUGGAUGCUUGCUUUAAGGAUUCCGAUUAUGUUUAUCCAUCUCUGGAAUCUGAAGAGGACAACCCCAUUUUCAAAUCCAGAUCAAAAAAAAGGAAAAACACAGAUGACACUCCAUACAGUCCGACAGCACGAGUUGGGCCCACAGUACCACGACAGGAAAGACCAGCUCGAGAGGGGGCACGAGUGGCAUCUAUAGAGACAGGACUGGCAGCUGCAGCAGCUAAAUUAUCUCAUCAGGAGGAGCAGAAGAUCAAGAAGAAGAAAAAGAGUACCAAAAAGAAGCCCAUGGCUGUAGAGGAACCCCACAAACUCUCUCAGGACAGCAGCUCUCCAGAACCCACCCCGGACUCUGAGAGCAACCUGGCUGACCACGAGUACAGCACUGGAACGGCCAAGACUGCUGGCGGCUCGCAACCCAUGGCUCCCGGAGUCUUCCUCAGCCAGAGGCGGCCUUCCUCAUCAUCAUCGUCUCAGAACACCUCAUCUAUCCCACCAGCUAAAGUCGAACGUGGGAACUCGACAGACGCCAAGGCCAAGCGGCUAAAGAAAGGAAUGGCAACGGCCAAACAGAGACUUGGAAAAAUCUUAAAGAUUCAUCGUAAUGGCAAGCUGCUGCUGUAACAUGGACAAAGGGGCGCUCGAGACUUUCUCCUGAAGUGUAUGGACCCCGUGGACUAGCCUGACCUGAGCCCACCCUCCCCCGGUGAGCUGGGAUGAGAGCAGUGAGAACUGAAACGCGAGAGGAAUCCCACACAUUUUCAAUUUCUAAGAAGAACAUAGCUCAGAUAGGUUUUUGCCUUUUCUUUUACUUUCUAACUUUCAGAUAUGACAAAUGUACAGAAUACCUGCUAUUAAUAUUUUGUAAGAAGAAUUUGUCUUGUUUUACUACGGUUAUCAGUUUAUCAGGGGUUGCUAAUAUAUUAUAAGAUACAGUACAUAGCAGUCAUUCCAAGAUAAAGAAAGUAUCCCUUGCAUGUGUCCGGUUGCAUGCAUUGUUUUGGAGGGGGUUGGUUUGGGGUUGCAAACAUGAAGUUCAUUACUGCUUUUUGGAUGUGGCUUAUCAUUGUCUUUUUUUUAAUAGGUAUUACUAAAGAGAGGACGAUUUUUACAAUAACUGCCCAGGUGAUUUUAAUACCCCCUCAUUUGAAACUUACUUUCCUUAAGCCAAAAAACAUCUUUUAUAUGCAUUACUACCUACAUGGGACAAUAAUAAAAACAAAACAAAAAACAGAGUACUUUUCUGUUUGCUAAGCACUAUCACGGAUAAUAUUUAUUAACCUAUUAUACUUGUACAUCUCGUAGGUAGAAAAGCCAGAAGGCACUUACAAAACAUCAGUGAAGCACAAAAAUGAAAUGAUAUUGUACGUAAUGUUAAAUAUCAAACUGCUACUAUUAAAAAGACAACUGUAGCUCUUCAUUGAAUGGCUGUUUUUCUUUUUUCUUUUCUUUUAAUAACACAGUUUUUACAAAUAUAGGAAAAAAUCUGUUUUUAUUGCAUAUUUUGACAAAUCAUUACAUGCAUAUCGAAUCUGAAAUAUCUCAUAAUUUCCCCUGGCUUUUCUAGCAGUUAAGUUUAUCCCAUGAAUUACAAUGUCAUAGUAAAUCUGUAAUCUUUUAUUUCUAAUUUUUGUUUUUAAACAUUGACUCAUUUUAUGUCAUCCUGUUAUUGUUUGACAGUGUAGCUCUUAUUACGGUUCUAUUCUAUGUUAAAAAAACACUCGCAAAAAAUGCAACACUACGUAAGUGGGAUCUAAGCACUGGUGAUAAGCCUCAUCCAUGACAUUACACUACACGGGGAUACUUUCUCACUUCUUUUUGUGUUACAGGCAGCACCAGGUCCCCUAGAAUGAAAUAUGCAUUUAUAUUGCUUCACAGUACAGUAUGUAGAAUGUAGCCUGUACAUAGCUUUUUAAAAGACUACUUUUUGUAUCCUUUUUUCCUUAAUAC